GCUCUACUGUUUUUAGUUGUGACCGGGGCCUUAUCGUGCAUUCCUAGUGAGUAGAAUUGAUUAUGCUCAAUUCUAUUUGCCGCGACUAUUUGCAGUAAUAUAUUUUAAGUUCGUUCUUACAAGGUAUGCAAUUUAGCACAUAUUAAAACCAUAGAUAACAUGUUAUCUAUGCUUAAGAUAAAAGAAUUUAUUUAAUUUCAUAAUAAUAUAACAAAAUGUAUCAGAUGAAUAUAUGCAUAAGUAGUGUCCACUGAUCACAAAAAACAAUUAUUUUGAACUUCUUGAAAGGUCAAAUAUAAUUAAGUUACUUUAGUAUUUUGCUUAAUUUAUAUGUACCUAUAAUUGAAAUGGAUUGUCCUACAAAUAUUAUAAAAUUUGAUAAUGAUAAAACAUCUGUUACUCUACUUCAAGAUAUAUUAAAUAAACAAGGUGUUCGCACUGUUCAGUAUGAAUUACUUCAAAUUGAAGGCGCUAUAAGUGCACCAUCAUUUCAAUAUCGUGUUACAGACGGCCGCUUUGUUGCUUAUGGUCAAGGAAAAUCAAAAAAAGAAGCUAAACAAAAUGCUGCAAAGGCUUUGUUAAGAAUUAUUCAUAAAGAAUUCCCUGAGUUAUAUACUGAUCCUCUAUUAGAAUCACAAAUUGAUGGUACUUCAGAUUUGAAUGAAACUUUUGAAACAAUGAAUUUUGGAGACAAUGAUGAACGAAACCCAAUUGGCAUGCUCCAAGAACUUUGUACAUCUCUUCAUCUUCCUCCCCCGGUCUAUAUAACAGAAUGUGAAGAUGGCCUUCCACAUCAACGUCUGUUCACUGUUUCAUGUAAUGUGUCCGAAUAUAAGCAACAUGGGGUAGGCAAGUCUAAAAAAAUUGCCAAACGUCUUGCUGCUAAUAAUCUAUAUUUGAUGUUAAAAAACAUUCAGUCAGAUCUAAGAAAUACCUCUCGAACAGCUGAUAAUGUAGAUGACUUUGUUCGUCAUGAGUCCAGUAAUUUAAGUGGCUUGAAAAAUUCAAAAUCUAGCUCUCAAUUCCAUCGGUUACCUGAAAUUCAUAGACAUUUGCCAUUGACUGAAGGUCCUUAUUGUAAUGAGUUGAAAGAAAUGAAUGAUGAACAAUUGUAUUCAUGUAAUACAAAACAAAUUUUAGACAAUUUUACUGUUGAACAAGGAUUAACAGCAUCUUUUAUUGAUUUUGAAGAACUUUCAAACAAGGGUACAUAUCAAACUUCUCUCCAAGUAUCUACUCCCAUCACAGUGGCAUUUCACGGUGAAUCUUCUAUCAGUUAUGAAGAAGCUCAAUUAGAAGCAGCUUAUAGAUCAUUGAUAUUUUUUAAAUGUAUAUUAAAUAACAGAGCAUUAAAGUCAUUGACAAUUAAUUAAUUUGUAUAAACU